GGCUCUUUCGGAGUCACGAAGGGUAGUCUCAUGAUAGCACGAACACGACGAGCUUGCCAUCGAGUUGAGAUACCCAUUCCUUCCAAUACACAUUGCAUGCGGUGGAAUCGUCCCUGCAAACCAAGAUCAUGUAUAAAGCACUCACACAUCCGACGUGAAGCGCUCCGGUAUAGCAUCACUAUCGCAAAGUCCAGAAUCGAAAUAAGAGCGCACAUUCUAGUCUGAAACUCACGACAAUGCACGCCUCCAUCCCGCUGGCAACUCUCUUCCUCCCCCUUUCCCUGGGCCACCCAACACGCCCUUCCUCUCAGAUCGCCCACUUCAUCUUCCAUCGAGCCUCGUCUUCAGACUCCAUCGCACUGAACGUCACAACGGACGGUAUGCCAGCAGUCCUACAAGGAGACAGCAAAAUCAAGUCCAUCGACAUUAACGACUAUGACGCCAACCAGCAAUGCAUCUUUAAAGCCCCCGACGACACUGUCAUCGAGCCCAAGCUCGACAUUGACACAGAGACCGGUGAGCAAAGGCUCGUCUUUGCAGAGCCUCGCGAGGUCGGCAGCGUGAGCUGCCGGGGCAUGUGUAUUCCCGUCUACGGCGAAUGCUAUGACUCGACUGGUAUGCCCGUCGGCCUCUGUUGUAACGGAGUAUGUGCAGCUACGAGAUGUCGAGCCUGGAACGCUGCCUCAAGCCAUGGAUUCAACGAAAAAUGAAGAAUCAGCGAAGGUGGCCUCAAACUAAAUUUGGUUGUAUUCAAGUUGACAUUCUAUUCAUAGCU